CAUGGAGGGUGACCUGGGGGCCCCCAAUUCCAGCAUGCUGGGGGAGCACUCACUGCUUGUGGGGAGCAGCUGGGUGGCCGCUUUCCUGUGCUUCAUCAUCCUGCUGACCACGGCGGGGAACUUCCUCCUCAUCCUCCUCAUCGUCACUCAGCGCUCCCUCCGCAACACCUCCAACUACUUCCUGGUGUCCCUGUUCAUGUCGGACCUUAUGGUGGGGCUGGUGGUGAUGCCCCCAGCCAUGCUCAACCAGCUCUAUGGGCACUGGGUGCUGCGGAGGGACUUCUGCUCCCUCUGGGCCUCCUUCGACGUCAUGUGCUGCAGUGCCUCUAUCCUCAACCUCUGCAUCAUCAGCCUGGACAGGUACCUGCUCAUCAUCUCCCCACUCAAGUACAAGCUGCGCAUGACCUCCUGCAGGGCCCUCUGGCUCAUCCUGGCCACCUGGACCGUGGCUGCACUGGCCUCCUUCCUGCCCAUCAAGAUGGGAUGGCACAAGCUGGAGUUCGAGGAGCUCUCCCUGAACGUCACCUCGUGGGGGGACGAAGACCAGUGCCGGCUGGUGGUCAGUUUGCCAUACGCCCUGGUCGCCUCUUGCCUCACCUUCUUCCUCCCAUCUGCUGCCAUCUCCUUCACCUACUGCCGCAUCCUCCUGGCUGCCCGCAAGCAGGCGGUGCAGGUGGCUUCCCUCACCUCCAACGUGACCACCACCACCACUACUGAUGACACCAUGCCACAGAUUCCCUGUGUCCCAAGCCAGCCCAUGGCCGGCAGUGAGAGCAGGAGGUUCACCAACAAGCACAGUAAGAAGGCACUGAAGGCCAGUCUGACCCUGGGCAUUCUCCUGGGCAUGUUCUUCGUGGCCUGGCUCCCCUUCUUCAUUACCAAUGUGACGCAGGCUGUCUGUGGCUGUGUCCCAGCCGGAUUCUUCGAUGUGCUCACCUGGCUGGGAUACUGCAACAGCACCAUGAACCCCAUCAUCUACCCGCUCUUCAUGAGGGACUUCAAGAGAGCCAUGGGCAAAUUCCUGCCCUGCUGCCGGCGCUCGGGGGAGCCCCGGCCCAGCGCCAUAUCCUUCUCCAUGAGGAACUCCAACAGCGGAGCCCGUGCCGCCACGUCCCUCAAGAACAUCCUCACCUUGCAGGCUGAGACUGACUCAGUUGACUCUGGGGCACUGGGGAAUGAUCCCAACCUGCUGCCAGCCCCCCUGACCUCCCACGCCCCCUCUAUCAGCCUGUGGGACGCAGAGCCCCCAGACGCGGAGCCGCAGGUUGGGCAGCUCGGCACCCCUGUGGCCUGAGUG